GUUUCGUGUCCUUGGAUAAUUCAAAGUGGAAGUUUGUAUGUGGAGAUGCCAAAUCAAUAUAGAAGAUGGAUACAGAUAACGAACAAAGAUUUCUGCAUAGAUUACUCGAUGACGGAGAAUGACACAAUCUCAGAUUCGCCCCAGUUUUUCGUAAAUUAUCAAGCAGCGCCUCCUAGACAAAAGCAGUCUACUAUAUAUGUCAUAGCUUUGGGAAUAUCAUCUGUAUUUCUUUUCCUGGUACUCCUCAUAUACAUCUUACUACCGGAGGCUCAGAACUUAGUAGGCAAGAUUCGUAUGUGCUAUGUUAGUAGUUAUAUUGGGUAUUUUGUAUCUGUGGCCAUUGUUCUGGCUGGUUCACAUUCAGAGACAACAUGCAAAAUUUUGUCAUUCAUUGCAUAUUUCUCCAUCAUAGCAACGUGCUGUUGGAUGAACAUCAUGUCGUAUGAUAUCUGGUCUACAUUUAGAAGUAGAGGAAGUACAAAGUUUUCUGGGUCCAGUGAGAGACGGAGAAUAGAAAAGCGGAAAUUCCGUCGAUACUGCUGUUACGGAUGGGGACUUCCACUAAGCAUGGCAGCUGGUCUGAUGAUAAUCAACUCGCUUGACCUUUCUGAUCUGCCCUGGUUCAUCACACCACAGAUUCCAACUUGGGGAUGUUUUUUAAUAGACGGUCAGCAAUUCGUAUACAUGUAUAUACCGAUGAUGAUUCUUGUGGGCGGGAACUGUUUAUUGUUCCUGCUGACUGCGUGCAGUAUUUGGGAGACAAUGAGAGGAAAUGAAGUGCUGGGACCAGCUGCGACUAAGCGACAACAACAAAGGUUCAAGAUAUGCGUCCGGCUGUCGGUAACAAUGGGUGUGAGCUGGAUAUGGGAAGUAAUUAGUUUCCUGGUACCAGAUGCUGAUGAGUUUGCUCUGUACCUUGACCUGUAUAAUGGCUGCAUUGGAUUCUUGAUUUUCCUCAUCUUCGUUUGCAAUAGGCGAAAACUAGCUCAUCUCAAAGCAAGAUUUCAAUCAUGGCGUCACCCGAAAUCGUUUAAUCAGAAUACGAGUAACGAUUCGCAGGCUGUGGCGAUGAAGAGAUUGGACAAUUCUUUAAGCACUGUCGAGUUUUAGAAUUAAGUAUUGACUGAUUUAAUUAGAUUGUUUUAUUACUUUAAAUAUAAUUAAUUAAAUAUUAUUACUGGC